UAAGCGCGUAAAUUUGUAAACAUUUCCGUAAUAAAAUGAAUCCACCGCCUGCUCGAGGGCGCGCCCCGUCGCGGUUCGUUCGUGGGCGUGGUCGCGGCGGCGGGGCCUACCGCCCGUACUUCUAUUUCCGGCGCAAUGGACGCGUAAUCCCUGCCCGCGGAAAUCGGCAACCAAACCAGGAAGAAUCUGGAGCACCAGGCGCUCCGGGUGACGAUUCGCCUGCAAACCGACAACCUAGAGGCUGGAACCGCACAGCCAGCAAACGGGGUGGCGGUGCCAACAUGGACUGCAGUUUCCUGCGACCAGAGAACUACGCCGCUCCGGAGGAUGGGCUCCAGGUGCAGAGCAUCGCGGUGGACAAUCCGCGGGCCUACUCCGGCUGGCGUCUGUAUUUCCUGCGCGAUAACUACGAGGAGGGCAACGAGCUGGCCAGAAGGAUCAUGGCCGUGGAGGCGCACUAUCAGCGUAAUCCUCACAAUUACGAUUCCGUGAGGACGCGAGAUCGGGGAUACUUUCCCCUGUCCGCCUCUGACAUUCUCCACGACGCUCAGCUGAAGGAGGUUUGGCCUGAUUUGGCCAAGGACAUCCGGGAGCACCCUCUCCGCACGCUGGCCACGCUCUCGCUGGCCAUGCACACGGUGGUGGUGAACCAUCUGCUAGACAACAAUGACUCCACACCCACUGAAGCCUCUACACCGGAGAUGUACAUUCCACCCGUCACGCGGCUUCGAAAGAUCUACGUGCGACCGGUUGACUUUGUGCCCGUGGAAACGAUGGAAGGAAUCAGCCACUCCCGCGUGGACACCCUCUUUGCCAUUCGGGGAACCGUGAGCAGCGUGGGAGAGCCCAGCUACAGUCUCACAUGGCAGGCCUUCCGCUGCAGCCGCUGCCAGAUGGAGAUGGCCAUGCGCCAGCGUGGAACCUUCCAGCCACGUCCAUACCAAUGCAAGCGUUCCGAGUGCGUGGCUCGCGACGAUUUUCUGCCACUCCGGAGCUCCCCAUAUACUCGGGUUUCUGUCAGGCAGAUCAUUCGUCUGGAGGAGUCCAGCUUGUCACAUAUCCAUGACUUCGAGAGCAGCCUGCCGGGGGAGAUGGACGUGGAGCUGCGACACGAUCUGGUAGAUGCGGUACGAGUGGGACAGGAAGUCGUGGUUACCGGAGUACUCAAGCUGCAGGAACUAGGGGAGGAUGCUGCCACAGGAGACGGCUCCAACCAGAUGCAGGCUUACCUGAAGGCGGUGAGCAUCCGGGAUGCGGCCAACAUCAAGCGUAAGUUCAGCGAUCGUGACUUGGAGGCCAUUGCCAUGAUCAAUGCGGAAGAAAAUAGCUUCAAACUCCUGGUGCAAUCCAUUGCCCCUGAAGUGUACGGACAUGAGCUGCCCAAGGCCGCCUGUCUACUAUCCCUUCUCGGAGGUAGAGGGGAUGAAACAGAAGCCAUCAACGUGCUCCUGGUGGGCGAUCCCGGCAUCGGCAAGACCAAGAUCCUGCAGAGCUGCGCACAAAUCACUGAGCGUGGUGCACACGUAAGUGGAAAACGUGGUGCUCAAUCUGCCCAGCAUUUGGCGGUGACCUUCGCUGGAAGGAACAAGCGCGUCCUGCAAGCGGGCGCCUUGAUGGUGGCCAGUGGCGGCGGCCACUGCACUCUGGACGAUGUGGACAAGCUCUCGUCCAAGCAGGCGAUACUACUACAGUGCCUACAAUCAGGGCAGGUUAAUCUUCCGUUUCCCGGAGCCUUUGCCUCUUUUCCGGCUCAACCUUCGGUGAUAGGUUGCGCAAAUCCUCAAAGAGGACAGUACGAUGAGGGGCGCUAUUUACUGCAGAAUAUCAACAUGACGCCGGCUUUGCUCCGGGAGUUUCACCUGGUCUAUGUGUUACUGGACAAGCCAUCCGAGAGGGACAUGUCCCUGACUGCCCAUGUCAGGGCACUCCAUGCUGGGGCAAAAAAACGAGCCAGGAUCGCAGCCCGCUAUGCCCUAAAGCCAAAGAUGAGUGACUCCAUGUGCGAGGCAACCUUUCUUGUGCCGGCGGCGGGAACAGAAGAUGACAAGAUGAAAACGGAGGACGACAACGACAGCAUCAUGCAACAGGACUUCGAUCUGGACAAGCGGCUCGAGCUGCUGGCGGAGGAUGGGGACAUGGACCUGCUGCCACCGGUUCUGAUUAAGAAGUUCCUGGCCUACGCCCGCCAGGAAGUUAGUCCGCUUCUGAACGACGAGGCCUGCAAUACUAUUCUGAGAUAUUUCUUGGAGCUUCAAGGUAGCGCCGGCCAGGAUGAAGGCGAAUGCAGCCAAAUUGGAGCGGGACAACUUCUUGGGCUGAUUCACUUGUCUCAGGCACGUGCCCGGCUGGAUCUCUCCCAUGUGGUCAGCCCUACGCACGUGCGGGAUGUGAUCGCCCUGCUGACCGAGAGCAUCGCCCAGACCAGCCUUAAGUCCAGCUCUGGUGGAUCUGGAACUCGAGGAGGAGGAAGAGGCGGCGGAAAAAGCGCUCAACUACGCAAUUUUGUCCAGUUGAUGCAAAAACGAUCGGCUGCAUUGGGGAGGCGUAUAUUUGAGUACGAGGAGCUAAAGGAGAUCGGAACGAGAGCUGGAAUCUUGACCGGCAUCGGCCAGGUGGUGGAAAUGGCCAACGUGGCCGGCUAUUUGCUCAUGAAGGGCGCAAAUAUGUACGAAGUGGUUCCAGACUAAGGAAAUUACAAAUUAACGUGUCAAUAUUUGACUUUUGUCUGUGGUUUUCUUUCCUGUUAAGUAUUAGUAAAGUGGUUGUUAAAUUGGGAAAAAAUGUCUAGGCAUAUAUUAAAAAUAACUAUGACUGAAAACAUUGUUAUCGUUGAUAUUUUCAUAGUGAAAUUUAAAUUUGGAGAAAAUAGAUAAUAUUUAUUUAUGUUAUUGUGUUCUAAUUUUGUAAGAAUUUGAAUGCAGAAGCAUACUUUAGGGAGCAUAGUUAUUUAAUUUUACCACAACACUGCGUGUUAAAAGUAAACCUACUUAAAUCCCAUGUUCUGCGUUAAUGAAAUCAACGCCUGAAGCUAACAACAAAUGUACUAUUAGGCUUCGCCAUUCGUUUCUUAUUAAUACUUAUUUUUUAAGUAAAUCGUUUCUUACAUACACACAGUUACCAAGUUGUCAAGAAAAUCAUUUCUUACAAAAAAACCAACUGAUCAAAGAUACAAUAGUUUAUUUUUAUAUUACAAACACCCUUUCCAUAAUUGGUUUCAUUUAAUACUUUAUUUUCUUGUAUCCAUAAAAUUAGAUAUAAUGUAAUAAGAUUUUAUAAAUAAAUACACAAAACAUUUGUAUUCGUUA